AUGGGCUCGCGGCAACACCUUCGUGAAAUGAAAUCGGGUCCUCCUCUUCCGUAUCAAGAUGAUAUCAGAGCCAACAACAAAGAAUAUGCCGAGGCUCUUGAUGCUCGAGAUCCUCUCCGCAAAUUCCGGGAUGAAUUUAUCAUUCCAUCAAAGAAGGACCUGAAGCGAACUACAUUAGCUGUUGAUGGAGACGUCGAUGAAGCUGCAGACCCCAGAUCUAUCUAUUUCUGUGGUAACUCCCUUGGUGUUCAACCUCGCAGCACCCGGAAAUACAUUGAACAGUAUCUGCGCACCUGGGCCACAAAGGGCGUAACCGGACAUUUUGUCCCGCACGAGGACGAACUAGUGCCUCCAUUUGUCGAUGUCGAUACCGCGGGUUCAAAAAUGAUGGCCCCAGUAGUGGGAGCUUUGCAGAGUGAGGUGGCGGUCAUGGGUACCUUAACUGCCAAUCUUCACCUUCUCAUGGCCAGCUUCUACCGUCCUACUCAGGAAAAGUAUAAAGUCAUUUUAGAGGGCAAAGCAUUUCCCAGUGAUCAUUACGCAGUCGAGUCGCAAAUACGGCACCACAACUUAGAUCCCAAGGAAGCGAUGGUCUUGAUUGAACCCAAGGACCUUGAUCACCCCAUAUUAACAACAGAGCAUAUUCUCCAGGUAAUCGAUGACAAUGCUUCCAAUACGGCACUGGUCAUGCUUUCUGCAGUCCAAUUUUACACUGGUCAAUACUUUGAUAUCAAACGCAUCACAGAACAUGCUCACUCAAAGGGCAUCUUAAUCGGGUGGGAUUGUGCCCAUGCAGCUGGAAAUGUGGAUCUCCACUUGCAUGACUGGAAUGUGGAUUUUGCAGCUUGGUGCACCUACAAGUACAUCAACAGUGGACCCGGCGGAAUGGCGGGGCUUUUUGUUCACCAACGACAUGGCGACGUGGAUGAGUCUCAGCAGGAUGGCGAGGAGUCCUUCCGUCCCCGGUUUUCAGGCUGGUGGGGCCACGAUAGCAAGACACGCUUCAAAAUGGUGAACAAAUUCCUUCCACAGCCUGGUGCCGCGGGCUUUCAACUUUCGAAUCCCUCCGUGCUGGAUAUCAAUGCCGUAAUUGCAUCUCUGGAGAUAUUCAACCGGGCAACGAUGAAGGAAAUUCGACAAAAAUCGUUGAACCUUACGGGGUAUCUUGAACAUUUGCUAGUCAAGUAUCCUCUCGAUUGCCCGCCCGAAGACAAGCCUUUCACGCUUAUUACACCUUCAAACCCAGCCGAAAGAGGUGCUCAGCUCAGCUUGCGGCUUCAGCCCGGGCUUCUGGAUCAUGUUCUCCAAUAUUUGGAAGAAAACGGGGUGGUUAUCGAUGAGAGAAAGCCUGACGUGGUUCGGGUGGCACCUGCGCCAUUAUACAAUACAUAUUCAGAAGUGUGGAAGUUUUACAUGGAGAGAUCUACCUCGGUCGAUUUGGAAAAUACCCAAGACCAUGCGAGAGACGAAAGCCAGAAUAUCCAGGUUGGAAAUGUCGACUACUCUGUCUUUACACCUAACCAGAGACGUUUUAUCGUGUUUAUAGCCUCUUGGGCCGGGUUUUUCUCCCCAGUUUCUUCACAAAUCUAUUUCCCAGCGUUGAAUACUCUUGCGCAGGAUCUUCAUGUGUCUAAUUCACUGAUCAACCUCACCUUGACAAGUUAUAUGAUUUUUCAAGGUCUAUCGCCGAUGUUUAUCGGAGACUUUGCCGAUAAGGCCGGCAGACGACCAGCUUACAUGUUAUGCUUCACGCUUUACAUUGCCGCCAACAUUGGAUUGGCUUUACAAAAUAACUAUGCUGCACUUUUCGUCCUGCGGUGUCUCCAGAGUGCAGGGAGUAGCACCACUAUCGCUCUAUCCUCCGGUGUUGUCUCCGAUGUUGCUACCGUGGCUGAGCGAGGCUCCUAUAUGGGUUUCGUUGCAGCAGGUUCACUAUUAGGUCCUUCAGUUGGCCCCGUCAUCGGAGGUCUACUGGCGCAGUAUCUCGGAUGGAGAGCGAUUUUCUGGUUCCUCACCAUUUUUGCAGGAGCCUUUCUGGUCCCAUUUCUGAUCUUCUUUCCCGAAACCGCUCGUGGCGUCGUCGGCGAUGGCUCUCUGCCGCCGCAGAAAUGGAAUAUGUCCCUGAUUAGCUACCUCAAGUCCCGCAAGGCGAGGGAAGAAGGAAUCCAGUCACCAGCGAGUUCGAAAAAGCAGAAACUGAGCUUCCCAAACCCCUUCAACACGCUCAGCAUCGUGUUCCAAAAAGACACCAGCAUCAUUCUAUUAUGCAAUGCGAUCCUGUUUGCAGGGUUCUACGAUGUCAGUGCCACUAUCCCCUCGAUCUACAGUCAAUUGUACGGGCUGGAUGAUCUGCAGAUUGGCCUGUGCUACAUCCCCUUUGGUCUCGGGGCCACCAUCGCAUCCGUCCUAAAUGGCAAAUUCCUGGACUUCAAUUAUCGCCGGCUGGCAAAGCAGCUGAACUUCCCACUGGUCAAGAACCGCUCUGUAGACCUGCGACAUUUUCCAAUCGAAAGCGCACGCCUUCAGAUUGCGUUUCCUCUCUUGACCAUUGGAAGCCUGAGCAUCGUGGCCUUUGGAUGGUGCUUAAACUAUGGUGUCCACCUCGCUGCACCUACUACCAUUCUAUUUGUCAUGGGACUUUCUUUAACGGGAUCCUUCAAUACCGUUAGCACACUCUUGGUAGAUCUGUAUCCGACACAGGCUGCCAAAGCAACGGCAGCUAACAACUUUGUCCGGUGCCUACUUGGAGCUGGUGCCACGGCCGUUGUGGAUCUCAUGUUGUCAGCCAUGGGUCGCGGUUGGUGCUUCACCUUUGUUGCCCUUGUGAUGCUAUGUACGUCGCCUUUACUUCUGAUCGUAAUUUGGAAGGGGCCGCAAUGGCGAGAGGAGCGUCGCCUGAGAGAAGAAUCUAAGAAGCUGGACGAUCCGCCGCAUGAGACAUCUCCGCAGAGCGUCAAGAUCGGCUGA